ACAAUGGAGGGGGUAAGUUUCCUCUUGGUGCUCUCAUCGGCAAUGUUUUUUGGCAGCUACAUGGCCGGCUCGAUACCUUUGAUGUUCAGUUUAUCUGAAUCUCGAAUUCGAUUAGUGAGUAUAUUCGGCGCUGGACUGCUCGUUGGAACUGCGCUUUCGGUUAUUAUUCCAGAAGGAAUUGAAGCUUUGUAUGGAGCACAGUGUGGCGCUGUCCAUCAACACAACCAUCACGACCAUAUAAAUCCGGUUGUAUCACCUGAAGGAGCGAUUGUGAAUCCAGCUGAAGCAAAGCAAAUUCUAGAAAAUGCGAAGGAUAAAGAGGAUAACUUACCAAGAAUUAUACCAAAAAAUGCAGUUUUAAACGAAGCAAUAGGAAGAGUUGUUCGUUCACCGCCAGCUUCGCCGGACACUCCAAGUCGCAAGAAACGAGAUGUUUUAGUUGAAACACAUUCGAACAACGAACACGACGAAAAAGAGCACGAAGAGAAGCAGCAUUCACAUGGAAAUAUCCACGCACAAAUAGGAUAUUCACUAGUUUUGGGAUUUGUACUCAUGCUUCUUGUUGAUCAAAUUGGAAGUGUCACGGUGGCAAGAAAUGAUAGAGCAGGGAGAAGCCGAAUUGGAAUCUCUGCCACAAUUGGGCUCGUGGUACACGCUGCAGCGGACGGUGUCGCAUUAGGAAGUGCUUCAGUCAUCAACAAAUCCGAUGUUCAAAUAAUUGUUUUUGUUGCUAUAAUGCUUCACAAAGCACCCGCUGCAUUCGGACUUGUCUCAUUUUUAUUAAUGGAAUCGAUUGAUCGACGAGCAAUUCGCAAACAUCUCGUUGUGUUUUCAGCUGCUGCACCACUUGCCGCACUCGUCACAUUUGUAUUAAUUAUGCAGAUGGGUGAAUCAAUGCGAUCAGAAUCAUCAACAGGUGUAUUAAUGCUCUUCUCAGCUGGCACAUUCCUCUACGUGGCUACAGUACAUGUGCUACCAGAAUUAGCUAACAACAAGCAGACAGAGUAUUCUCUUGUCGUGGAUGCAACUGCACCAUCUUCAAUAGGACAUUCUCAUUCAUCUGGAGCAAGUUACACGAUCAAAGAGCUUCUGUUAAUAAUUGGAGGAGCCGUCGUCCCCGCAAUUCUAGCUUCUGGUCACUCUCAUUGAGCAUUUGAAUAGUAUUUUCAUCCGUGUGUUUGUGUAUGUAGGCUUUAUCAUCAUCACAGAGUUUAUCAACAUUAUCACUUAUCAAUGUUAUCCGCGUUUCAUUGUGAUUAAUAUCUCUUACUUUCCUUUCUAGCUGUUUUUCUUGUCUGUUUUCCUUUCCCCACUUCUGUUUCUCUGCUUAUGGGUAUUUGGCUACUUUCCUGUACAUACAAACUAUUUAGCAUUUCUUUCAAUAUAGAAUGUACCAUUUUUCUUAAUUUAUUACGCCACAAUUACCAGGUUACCAUUA